AUGUGCAGGUCAUCACAAACAACAAUUUCACAAAAUCCUUAUGCAAAGCAAUUUAUUGAUGUUGGUAUAGUUGAUGCUCUUAUGAUUGUUUUCAAUAAUCUUAAUGAUUGUGUGGAGGAGGAUCUGUCUUAUUUUACUAAUAUUAAUUAUAAUAGCUAUUUACAAGAGGAUGUUUUAUAUUUAUUGUUUUAUGGUCCUUUAAAUGAAAAAGUUUAUUUAUUAUUGGAAAAAUGGUUUUAUGGUCAUUUACACGGAAAUGAUAAUAGUGGUAGUAGCGGUGCUACUGCUACUAGCAGUAAAAAAGUUGACAAUGUGGAUAAUUCCAAUGAUGAUGUUGACGCAGAAAUUUCUAAUAUAGAAGAAUAUGUUAAGAGAUUAUCUCUCAUGGAAGGUGUAGAUGUUUUCUAA